CGCAAGUCUCAGCCUUGAGAUUCUUAACCAAGUCCAGGAUCUGUGUUCACGUCCAGAACAACAUGCAACAGAGUUUUCUACACCCAUCAGCGAUGCUUCCAUGCGCUUUCAAUUGUGGGGCUGCAAUACUAACGCCUUCCAACAUGGUCAAGUAUCGCUCGAACAUCAAAUACGUGAAGCGCCAAGUUUGCAAAAAUCGUUCAGACAACGUCUUCGAAGCCUGAAAGAAGAUCUCACAGACUGUGAGUUCUGCACCGGCUUUCGAAUUCUGGUCCUGAAUAACUCAUAUUCCCAGUGGACGAUACAGUUGUAACUUAUACAUCAUCAUGCCGAGAAGAAAGUAUGGUGCUUGCAUUGGCGCAGGAUGCGCAUAUUGAGGUUCUUGAACUGCUCAAGGCCGUUGAAGAAGACAUUUCGUCACUGUUUAAACUUUCGUCGUUGGUAGAGAAAGUAACGUACCGUGACGACUACGCGAUAGCCGGAGCUGCAAUACAUGAUACGCAGAUCCUCCACAAGGAACUCGAGGUCCGUGACAUACAGGAUCAUUUUCCGCGAUUGAAAGGAUCGGUUUGGCUUUUGCAGCGGCUUGUACAGGCCAACAGCGCUCGACGCAAAUACUUGAGAUAUCGUGCAUUUCAUCACGAUCGGGUUUUGGUUUCGUCUCAGCACGUCUUGAAACAAGGGGAUGACAAUGAGGUGUCGAUGGAGGACAAGAUCCCGUCGAUACACCACUCUGAUCAAAUCUCUAUGGCUGACGUCAAUACUACUGGGUGGGGUUCACUGCAAGAGAAAGAUGAGGACGACCACAUGUCCCAAGCAUCUCGAGAUCAUUCUAUACCGGAGAUCUCCUUGAACCAGAUACCGACAGUGCAUACUCUCAAGGAACUUUGCCAAGACGGAGAAGUGUUCGUUUGCCCAUACUGCAAGGACAAACAGGCUAUGACGACGGAGGCUGCGUGGCGAAGUCAUAUGUUCAGCGACCUCAAAGCAUAUGUCUGUCUAGCAGAGGACUGUGAGCUGUACAUGUUCACUUCGAGUGAAGCAUGGAUGAGCCAUCAGCUCUCUGAGCAUCUUGUGGUCUGGAACUGUCCAAUCUGCGAUGAAACGCCUUUCUUCUCGGGAGAAUAUUUCCAAUCUCAUAUACGCUUUUGCCAUCCGGCUGAAUUCAGCGAAGAGCAACUCGAACAAUUGACAACUUCGUCAAAGCACAGCGCCGACAGUAUCAGAGCAUCAGAGUGUCCAUUUUGCGACUGGGCCAUAGCCUCGGGAGAUCUCGACAUAUGUACCUUCCAAUACGGGGAAGUCCACGUCACACCUGAACUAUUCCAACGUCAUGUCUGCUCGCACCUCGAACAACUUGCGCUCUCAGCUUCCUUGUGGACCGAAGAAGACGAUCGCAAGGAUCGAAUUGAAACCGGGUCUCGACAGGACCAUAUCGCCAUGAUUUUAGAUGGUUUCUCUGCGACCAUUCGUAACUUGAAAAAUACAGAUGCUGUGAAUGAAGCAUACACGGGUAUCAAUGAGGGGGACCCCUUUCCGCUCCAGCAGCGGUCUUGGGGUUUCGACGUGCAGUCCUAUAAUCCGCAUUAUGGCUUAGACGACAUGUCUUUCAGAACUCACAGCAGCACUACUUCCGGAACUCGUAACAGUAAUACUUCCAGAGCUGGCAGCAGCACCACCUCCAGAACUUACAGCAGCAAUACUUCACGAAGCUACAGCAGCAAUACUUCACGAACUUACAGCAGCAAUACCUCCAGCGCUGAAAGCGGUACCACUUCUUCUAGACCUUAUAGCAGCCUUGUUUUCCCACGCAAUCUUUCAGAGAGAUACAAUUACACAAACGAGCAACCUAUUCGGCACCAAGAAGUGGAUCUCAGCAAUCAGUGGACGGGCAUGUAUUGGGAAAUGGCGGAAGCAGAGAAACAGUUUCGCAGUAGAGUGAGUAACAUGAGGGCGGCGUUGGAGCUUCAAGGUCAGACCAGCGAGGAGGAAGAGGAACCGGCAACUUUGGUGGCACCUUCCAGGAGCAGAGAGUUUUCGGCGCACAGCUCAACCAAAGAUGCUUUGUAAAUCUGUGGCUAUAUGGGAAGAGCACAUGCGACAUCUUACACUGAUCUCUAGCAAAGAAAAUAGGAGAAGCAACAUUGGUAUAAGCAGUGAUUCCAUCCAUUUUGUACAACUAAAAUAUAUG